UAUAUUGAUCUGAGUUAUAAUAAUUUUGAAGAUCACCUUGAACAAAAGAGUUUUAGCCAGCUUUCAGUGGUUCAAAGCCUUAAUUUGUCUCACUCAGAAAUAACGUAUUUAACGAUGUUCAUUUUUGCAAAUCUUUUAACCUUAAGAACGUUAGAUUUGUCAAACAAUAAACUAAUCUAUAUUUAUCCAAUAAUUUUUGGUUCGAGUGGUCGUCCUAGCAAAGGAAUGAAUUUGUAUUUAAAUCAAAAUCCUUGGGAGUGUACGUGUGAACUUCAAAAUGAUAUGUCUAUCUUAUUAGCUAAUGAUCAAGAUGUUCAGGUAUAUUGUGAUAAUUUUGACAAUAUUUUGGUAACUAGUGAAGUCCUUUGUAUGAGUACUAGUGAACCCCCACAACCCCCAAAACCACCACAAUUAAUGACGCCAUCAAGCAAUCUGCCUUCCACAAAAUUCCCAUAUACCAGUCAAAUUACAACGCGUUCCACAAAAAUAUCAACGCUUUCCACACCAACAUCAACAGUUUUCUCAACAACAGAUUCUGAUCCUGAGGGCGCAAUUGGCUUUAUGACAUCACCAACCGAACCAGUUGAAACAACAGAAUUGCUUCCACCUCCAACUGCUUCCGAAUUCAAUGCUUAUGCCACAACCAACGAACUUGAAUGCCACAAAGACAAUGGAAAGAUGGAAACUGAAAACUUAUCUAUUUACUGGCCAAACACCCUGUUCGAUAUUGUAAAGAAAAAAGCAUUAGAAGUUGACGUUGUUGUUAGGACGAAUUAUAAUCAAACUUACGGGGUAUUGUGGUUUAGUAAGGUUACACGUUUGUACUACAAAAUGGAGACAAAUCACAAUGAAUAUGGACUUGGCUGUUAUGGUAAAGUGGAACAUGUUACCACUGUUAAUCACCUGCUGCCAGAUAUGUCAUACACGUUCUGUUUGAUUUUAAAAGAUUACCUAACAGUUUCACCAUUUUCAUGCAAGUCAGUUUAUAUUGAAAGCAACUUGGAUGCUGACUAUAAUGCCUGGUUAACUACAAAUAUGAAGGCUACAGGAAUAAGUCGUAAACCAUCACUUUUGAAGGGAAGCAAACGUAUUGCAAUGCAGAAAAGUGAUGCAUCUAAUAUUAUUGUUUUCCCAGAGGAUAAAACACUGGAAAAGUUUAAAUUGAUGGAAGAACAAUUGGCCAAUAAUAAAUUAGGACCGUUCCCAUUUCGACGUCGUGUUUCAUCAAAUAGCUUCGAUAGCAUUCAAAGCUACAUGAAUCCUGAAAACUUUAACGUUUACGAAGUUAUUCCAGCACAUCAAUCAAAUUUAAAAGUGAGAUAUGCAGAAGUGCCGUUCAAGCGGAAACGUUCAUCCAAUGAUCCUUUGCCGAAAAUUCCAAAUGCAGUCGACGGAAAUACUUCACCUUAUUUUGCAAGAAAACCUGUUGAUUUGUGUUAUGAAAUAGAAGCUAGCGUUUAUAUGUGAAAACCAUGUCAUUGAGUUUCUGUUUAUUGUCAAAAUUUUUGACGGAUUAACCUAAAGAUAAGAUUCGUUUCCAUGA